AUGACGAGAUGGAACGUCCUCCCGAGAGACCAGUGUCGAUGUAUCCGCAACUUUGUCGUGCAGUUCAUCAUCCAGUACUCCAGCUCCAAAGAAGCCAUGAAGGAGCAGAACAUGCUGCUUAACAAUCUCAAUCUCGUCCUCAUCUUGAUAUUGAAGCAGGAAUAG